AUGGCGCAAAAACCCAUUCGCAGGAUCAAAGAGGCCGUGAUACUCAAGUCUGAUGAGUCUCGCCACGAGGAAGUCAGCGCUUGGUCAAAUCGCGACCUCAUUCCACUGCCGCCAUCUCGGCGCACUUGGGGUUGGUUCAACUUCUUUGGUUCCUGGUCACUGUCUUCCCUGAACGUCGCAACAUGGCAAACACCCAAUACCUUCCUGACUCAGGGACUUUCGGUCGGUCAGGCUAUGGCCGUCAUUGUCAUCUCUCGAGCUCUGUGCUGCAUCUUUGCGGUCCUCGUUGCUUGGUGCGGCCUGACAUGGCACAUUGGCUUUACCGUCCAAAACAGAUACACAUGGGGCUUCCGUGCUAGUUACAUCCCGUUGCUGCAGCGAAUCCUACUGAACUUUAUUUGGACUGCUCUCCAGUCGAUCUGGCCAUCUUUCGCCAAAAUCCCGAACACUCUUAGCGCCAGCACUCCGACAACAACAUAUGAGAUGAUUGGGUUCAUCGUCUUCUGGGUCAUCUCUAUCCCGUUCCUUUUCAUACGCCCCGAGAGAUUCAAGAAGCCCUUUUUCAUAUCCUCCGUUGCAUGCGGCCUGGGCAUGAUCGCUCUCCUCAUCUGGUCUCUGGUGGUCGCAGGAGGUGUUGGCCCGGUCUUCUACCAGGGCGAAAGCGUGUCUUCCAGCUCGCGAUGGAGCGCCUCAUGGCUCAUGAUGGCGGGAAUCAACCAAGCCAUCGGGCAGAAGGCGGCAGGCAUGACGAACAGCAGUGACUUUUCACGGUACGCCAAGAACAAAAAGGACUACGUCAUCGGCACGGUGACGGUCUACUGGAUCACCGGAGUCCUUGUUUGCUUGGGAGGCCUGGUAACCACUGCAGCUUGCCAGAAGAUUUAUGGAAAAAUCUGGUGGAACCCUCCGGACCUGCUGAUGGUCAUGAUGGAUCAUGGCGAAGGUUCUUCAGCAUCUCGUGCGGCGGUAUUUUUCCUUGCUUUUGCAUUCGCCUUUACCUCCAUGUUUGAGAACGUCUGCUCGAAUGCUGUCGCCGGUGGCAUCGACCUCGCCGGUCUCUUUCCGCGCUACAUUGACAUCCGCCGCGGUGCACUCAUCACAUUUUUUGCUGCAUGGAUCAUCCAGCCCUGGCAGUUGAUCAACCAAGCCGCAACCUUUGUUGCCGUUCUGAAUUCAUUCGCAGUCUUUUUGGCACCCAUCAUGGGAGUCAUGGUUUGUGACUACUUCAUUCUUCGUCAAAGGAAGGUAAAAUUGUCACACCUCUUCCACCCAGAGGGCUCGGACUACUGGUAUUGGCAUGGCAUCAACUGGAGGGUGGUUCCUUGCUGGAUAGCAGGAUGGGCACCCACUAUCGGCGGCUUGAUCGCGAGCGUAAGGAAAGACAACAACGCCCCCGAUGCGAUUUACGAGCUUUACUACAUCGCUUUCUUUAUCGGAUUUCUCAUCUCGUUCACUCUCUUCUACCUAGCCAACCUUGCGUUCCCAGUUGCGCACCUUGGUGAGAUGGACGAGGACGACAAGUAUGGCACAUUCACAGCAAGCGAGGCGUCCAAAUUGGGAGUGUUGCCAAAUGAUGCAGCUAUUUCUUCGGCUUUCGGCAAAGAGGAAGGAAUCGGCACCCAGGUGAACGAAAUUUCAGAGUCUUCGUCGAGCAAAAACCAAAGAUGGAGGAACUUUAGGCAGCGAUGA